ACAGCUUUCAAGAAAAAAGCUGGUUUAUGAAGCAGAAGACUUUUUAAUAUACAUUUUAUAUUAAUGUAUGUCCAAGAUGAUAAAUAUCACUGUAGUUCUUGCUUUCUUCAGUGUUUAUAUGGUUGCUUCUUGGCUUCUGGGGUGGGGGGGAUAUGAUGAUAAUUCUGCUGUCUCAGGUGCUUUGUAAUCUUUUUCCCCUCUUUUCCAUGUGUCACUGGGGUGACAUCAGCUCCAGUGGGUGCUGCAGACAAUCAGGACCUUUACUGUGUCAUUUCAGGACUGUUUGCAGGCUGGUUUCUAGCCCCAUUUCUCUGUAUCCACCUCUCCACCCCUACCUGGGGCACAAGCAUCUUGUUCUGUGCUUCCAAAAUGUUAAAAUUAACCUCUUGAAAGGUGAAGAAAGGAAUCCAGAGGAGCUGAUGCUGUUCAGCUGUAUUGCGGGUAUCAACUGGAACGUGGCCCAGUCUUGGGUGGCCUUUGAAGGCCCCAGGAUGAGGAUUUGUGUACCAAACCAGAAUAAACCUUUGAGCUUCCAAUAGCUCAAGGACACCAAGUGAUUUCUUUGUCUCCUGGACCAUCCAGCUGUUGUGUUGAGUAUUCCCAUCCAGGUUCACUCAGGCUUGAGCUUUGCUCUUCCGCAUCCCACCGCGGCUCUCUUGUCAUUUACCACAUCCUUUAGAAAUGGAGAAGGCUUAUGCAGACCCUAACUUGGAAAUUGACAACACAGAGAACAUCCGAGGGAAGCGGCUGUCCUCUAUUUUAAAGGCUCCACGAAAUCCUCUGGAUGAUCUGGGAAAUGGGAAUGAAUUAACACAGGAUAUCAACAUAGAGAAACGGAGGAGGAACUCCCGCCGUGUCAGCUUUGCCAACACCAUAAACUGCAGAGUCUUCCAGCCAGAUCUUAAGAAUAACACAGCAGAGAAACAAAAUACAGAGUGUGCAGAAGAUGCAGAGAAUGAUGCCUUGAAUGAAAAUGAAGAACCUGAGGCUGUUCCCUGUGAGAUCACUGGGAUGAACACUUUGCUUCAUGCCCCUAUCCAGGCACUGGUGCAGCAGACUGAGUGGUAUGAUGCAGACGAUGCCACUCAAAGACAAAACAGGCACAACGCCACCUUCAUCUUUUCAGAGGAGAAUGAAAUGGAUAUGACAGCCAGUCACACCGCCGUCAUCACACGUAACCUGAAGAACAACCAGGCUGACAACACUGAGAAAAUAGAUAUCAAAUCCUUUCUGGCAGGGUUAAACUCUAACAGUGGGAAGGCAGAAGGGAGCAAAGAAUUCCAGUGUUUCUCUGAUCCUACAAGCCAUUUGUGUCCACCUUCAGAACAGAAAGAAGAUGCUGCCACUGUAAAAAAAAUAGACUUCAAUGAUUUUUUGAUGAGCCUGAAGUCAAACGAGAAGACCCUCAGCCCUGUGGAGGGCCCUGAGAAAGAGAAUGUUUUCUUUAUCCCUUCUCAAGUCCCAGAAGCUGUGGCACCAUCAUCAGUGGAAUUUGCAUGUUCCCAUGAGCCACUGGACACCUGCAACAUGACCAAAGUCUUUAGAGAGGAAGAUGGUGGGAUGGAAGUGACCAAAUGCCAGGGAUCUUUUGUCAAAGCCACGUUUUCUUCUCAAGCUCCACCACAGCAAUUACAGUGUGAGGAUGUCACCAAGGCCUUUGCAGAUGAUGGGAUGGAUAUGACAACCAGUCACACUGCAAAGGUGUCUUUUCCCUCCACCAAUGUUGGGAAUCAAAGUCUAAACUUCCGAAAGGACUUCCCAUCCACAGAGCUGGACAAUUCCACGUUAAAGAGACCAUCUCAUCAGCACUUAAUUGUUCAGCAGGACACUCAGCUUUGUACAGACAGAAAACCACUUCAAGACAGGCGAGAUCCCACCAUGCUGCCACCUGCUAAACAAGAGGCCAGAGCAGUGGGCACCAUCCCAGGAACUGUUUCUUCUGAGACUGUCUUCCGAGGUGAUAAAACCAUUGAUGUGUCUAAAUGUGAGGACAUGGAAAUAACUGGGAAUUACACAGAUGUCAUCUGUAGUGACAGUACCAAAGAAACGAACAGUUCACAUCUUAAAGCUUUUGAAAAGCCAGUUAAUGCAAACACUGUUCUGGCAGAACACAGCCAUGUGGCACAUGAUGGUAGGGACAUGGCAAAGAGCCUGACAGCUUCAGAUCAUGAUGCUCCUGUGUUGUAUAAAACCAGCGCACUUGAAGUGCCCUCAGGCUCGGAUGAGCUAAUCAAGAAAGUGUCCCAGGAUCAUGGGAAUGCUUCAGCGAAUGCUGGCUUCGAUCCCUGUACAAAUCCAGCAUCCCGUGGGGUUCCCAAAAGCAGACUCCAGCACAGGCUAGGGAACUCGCAGCUUGUUUCCAUGCCAGGUGAGAAGACAGUGAUAUUCUCGGGGGAAGACAUGGACCUGACCAAGGCUUGUGUUGUCAAGGAUGGAGAGAAUGCUGCAAGCGAAUCUCCCACUGGAGUGUUCACCUCUGUCCCUUGCAAACCUCAUUUUCUUGGUAACAGAUCAACGUGUCCCAGUUCAAAUGAGCAGGAAGAAAUGGAAAUAACCAAGUGCCAUGCUGUUGUCAUUGAUGAUCACGGCAAGAAGAUAACUGCAGAAGCAAAACAAAUGCAUUGUAAAAUAAUUCCAAGAAAGAACCAGAACACAAACGUCAGUGAAGGUGCAAAUUAUUCCGAUAUGGACAAGGAAAAUUGUGAGGUGAUCAGUACCAAUGGGAACGUUAAAAGAAGCCAGGCUGGGAAAUUGGAUACUGUGGAUCUUGAGAUGGUUGAGAAGCAGCUUGGAAAACCAAACUUUCAAGCAAGUGGUGCAGGUUCCUGUGCAAAGACUGUGUGUCCAUUGCAGCAGCAAAAGAGAGAAGUCCCUGAGAGCAGUGUCACCAAAUCCUGUGCAUUUGUGUCUUUGCAAACUCAAAAGGUUAUGGCACAGCCUUUGGGAAAAAGCCUUCUAAAUGCUUCCGUUUCCAGCACAAAUGACAGAAUAGGCACAUUUUCAGGUGAACAAAACAGCAACAUGACUAAAACUCAUCCUCCUGCCUUUGCUGCUGCUCCUCUGAAUGCAGUAGAAGAACAUGGGAAUAAUCAUAACUACAGUAAAGUGUUAUCCCAGCCACUGCAGAACCAGACCUCCCAGUGCUCCACCAGUCCUGGUGUACAGGUCAUGAGUCAGACAGCAGCAGCAGAGCGUGUGGCUUUGAAAAUGAGCACCAGUAAUCAAACUGUUACUCCUUUGGCUCCAAAUGGUUCAUUUAUUCCCAGUAAUGAGCCUGCUCCCUCUGGAAUGAAAGGGAAUGAACAGCGUGGAACGGCAUUAGGACUAAACGCAAGUGGCCAAAGCUCAGGCAAGCAGGAGAAAGGUUCUAGGAGAGAUUUUGCAGUGGGUAAAACAGUUUCUUCUGAGGAGGCUUUUAAAAGUCCCCACGGAGCUGGUGGCCUGUGCUUGAGGGGGGCUGAGGAGCUAGUUGCGGCCACUGCCUCUGAGCUACACAUGGGACAUGCCCAAGUGCCUUCGUUCUUUGAGAAGUCAGUUGUGUUUCCCUCUGGUGAAAACAUGGACUUGACAGGAAACAUCACUGCUGCUUUAUCAGCAGGAAAAGCAGUACCUGGAUUGAGUGUUCAGGAUGAAAACAAAAUAAUGUCCUUAAGUAAAGGGGUCACAAUGACAGUGAAUCCUCAGGAGCAGCCUGUGUGUGAUGUGCACUCCUUGGUAGCUGGCAAGAGAACAUUAACCAUGGGUGGUUUAAAACAUCUGCCUCUUCCAGAUGACACCAUAUUCUUAGAAGAUGCUGACAUGGACAUCACCAGGAGCCACACAGUGUCAGCAGACAACAAAGUAACUGUGCAGCUUAGAAGUUCCAAUGAUGACCCAUCUUUAAUUGCUGGAGAUGAAACUUGUGUUUUUACCUACAAUAAUGAUAUGGAAAUAAGCAGACUGGCUACUGCUGCAAUUGAUAAACCUAUGGAAAAGGCUGGGUCUCUAGGAAUACUUAACACAGCUAAAAAGACUGGAAGGAAAAGCUUGAAGGGAACAGCAGGGGAAAAGACUGUUUUGUUUUCACUGAAUGAUGACAAUAAUGACAUGGAUAUCACAGAGAGCCAUACAGCUGCCAUAGGCCAUGAAAUGGUCUUGCAGAAUGAGUCAGGGCUUCAAUCCCUCUCUUCAGCUCAUCCCAUUAAAACUGCUGUGUUCACAUGCAGUCAGGCUGACACGGACACUGUCAGGUCUUGCUCUGCUGAUAGAAUUGCUGCAAAAGUUGCAUGUGAUGAUAAAUCAAAGCAGGAUAAGGUGGUUGGAGACCAAGUGCUUUCAAAUGGUGAAGCUACUGUGUUUGCUCUGGGUGAUACGGACAUCACUAGAACCCAUCAUGUAGCUUUGGAAGAGGAUCCCCUGCCAGGUAGGCAGCUCCGUGGGGCUGUUCCUGUGACUCCCACAGUGAUGAUCACAAGUAACCAGGCUGAGAUGGAAGUAACUGAGUCUCACCCUGUUGAUCAAAGUGUUGCAAGAGGCUUUUGUGAGGACAGACCGAAAAUGGCCCAACAGCUCAGACAGGAGGCUGUGGUAGGUUCCAGAACUGUCAUUUUCACUUUGGCUGAGGACAUGGAGUUUACUAAAGCUCAGACAGCAGUGAUGCAUGGUGAGAUGGUGCUGUGCAGAGAGUCCAUCCCAGCCAGGUCUGCAGCUCCUGCUGAUAAAACCAUUGUGUACGCCCACAACCAGGAUGAUAUGGAAAUAACUGCAUCCCACACUGUUGCUGUUAAUAACAAUAUCAGUGGAUUGGACCAGGAGGCAUCACAGAAGAGCACUCAGCAAGCAGACUUGCAUUGUGGCUUGUCUUCUUGCAGAGGUGAAACAGAUUCCUCACAUCCAGGAGACCUGAAUGGUGAGUGUCAUCCAAAAUCUGAGGAUGAGCCCAGCAUUUCCUCUGCUGCAUCAUCAGCCUCAGUGUUCCCAAACAAGAAAGGAGCUAUCCCAGUCCCCAGUGGUACACCACCAAAUCCUGUGUGUUCUGUCUCACCUCCAGAAGAGACCAUGGGAGUAGAGGCACCACAGGAUGUAGACCUUCCCACAGAUAAUUCUGUCCCUGUGAGCAGGGAGCAGGAUCUCAUUCCACCAGAAACCCUGAACUCAAAGGGAAAAUCUUCCAAACUUCCAAGUAAGGGUCCCACGGAUUGUGGGGAGGGAAGUGGUGAUCUGGCAUCCCAUGUUUCACUUCCCAAUCCACCAGAUGCAUGUAGUUCAAAGGGAAACCAAGGACUAGAAGAGGAUUCAUGUAGAGGUGAAGAUGUAGUUACAGACUUGGGCUUGGCUGGAGCAAAUCUUGUUACUGUCUCUAACAAGGAGUCAGAGGAAAACCAGGGGCUGUCAGCUGAAGGGGAGCCACCACCAAAAGACUUUCACAUCAACUCUGACCAAACAAAGCAACCUGUGGUCAGUGACGGUCCAAGAGAUCGAGCAGACCCCACUCGUUCCUCUGACUUCUCAGGUAUCUUAAAUAUUUGUUCAAAACUGAGGAAUAUUAGAAGGAAAUCUGCAGUUUUCCCUGUUUCUGAAACUGCUCUUUCUGUCCAGUUGCCCAGUUCCUCAGCUCAGCCAGAGGACACUUUGAGGGUAGGGAAAAAUACUCUAAAUGAACCAAGUAACACCAAAGAACAGGAGGACACAUGCCUUGAAUCUGGAGCUGCUCCCACAGGUGCACAUUUAGGUGUGGCCUUAAAGGCUCCAUACCAAGGAAUAAAUGUCCCUCUGGCUAUCUUCCAGCCUAAGUUACCCAGCAGAAGGAAUCCUUCUGUUUCUAGUGGCCAAGACACAAAUACAAAGUCCUCAGACAAAAGAGAAGCACCAGUUGCAGAAGUAACCACUGGUGAAACCCCACGUAACAAGAAGCCUGUGUGGCAGAACUUCAGCCCCUCUCAGUUUAUAGCAGAAGAAUUUCUUCCUGUCUGCCUGGAAGAAAUGGAUUCAAAUGAAUCUGAAAGCUCUGAGCUCGUGGAAAAUAACUGCAAUGAGAUAAGCAAAACCCCAGUCUCCCAUGAUGAAAAGAAUCAAACUGAAGAGACAAAACCUUGCAAUACAAAAAGAGCUUUGGAACAAGAUGAGGAGCAUCCUCAAAGUCCAAAGAAGACCAAGAGGGAUGAAAACUUGCAUGGUAAAGCCUCUCAACACCUGCAGGUGACUCUUGGUGCUGUGUCUCAAAGCCAAGCAGAAGUUCCUGAAGGUGAAGAUCCUCCAAAUCUCUCAGCUAAAAGCCCUGAUUGUACCCAUGCCAGCACCAGCAGCUCCCUGGAUUCUGUUAAGGCUGACACAGAACUAACAAUCCAGCGGAGCAGUCGCAUGGAGUCUCAGCUUCUCAAUGACAGCAUCUGUGAGGAUAACUUACGGGAGAAAUUUCAGAGUGGUGUUAUCACAGUUGGGGAGUUCCUUACACUGAUUCAAGUCCACGUUCCAAUUCAGAAGCCUCGGCGGAGCCAUAUUCCAGCCAGUGUUGCAGUCAGUGCAGCUCCUACCCCCCAAGACCUCAUGUACAAUCAGUAUGUGCAUCGCCCCAAGCUGCGUAUUUAUGAAGAAGAUUGCCAGGCCCUUUCUCAGCUGAUAGAGGAGUUAAAACCAUGUGCAAAUGUCCAGGAUCAGCUCCUGGUGAAUGUGAAUAAGACUUUGUGGGAAGUAAUGAGAACCUGUUCUGAUGAAGAGCUGAAGAGCUUUGGAGCAGAAAUGAACAAAAUGAAAUCCUACUUCACCAAGGAGAGCAAAAUCUUGGGUCACAACCAGAAGGUGACUUUGUACAGCAAAUUGCUGCAGAGUGCACAGGAACAACGUGGGAAGCUCCAGUGCAGAAUAGAGCAGGUGGAUGGAUUGCUGAAGGAAGCAGAGAGCUGUCUUGUUGCUCUGGGAGCAGAUUCUGACUGGGAUGAAGGGGAAGCAGGCUGUGAUGGCAGUGAUGAAAUGGCAGAAGGGAAAAACCUACGGGAAGAACUGGAAAACCUCAAGGCCCAAGAAGAACAACUUCAAAGAGAACUGUCAGAACUGGAGACUGAGAAUGAGCAAGUGGUGGCUGAGAUGAACCAGUUAAAGAAGAAAGAAAAAAGCUGUCAGGAAAUCCUGGAGAGAUAUGACUUCACUGAGUGGCAGAUAACAGAGUGGAGUGAACAGCGUGCAGUCUUUAGUUUUCUUUAUGACUCUAUUGAACUCACAGUGGUGUUUGGAACCCCCACAGAUGGUGAUGUUUUUGGUGAAGAUCCUUCCAGAAAGAUAGUUAGCCUGAACUUUGAAUACUUCUUGGAUGAGGAAAAAGCCCCACCUCCCUCAUGUUUAGUCCAAAGACUCAUCUUCCAGUUCAUCGAAAGUCGGGGCUCUUGGCAGGAGAAGUGUCCCACACUGUACUACUUGCCCCAGGCUCUCCAUGACAUCUCUUUGGUGGUGAAUCGUUGCAAGAUCUUGGGAGAGGAGAUGGAAUAUCUGGAGAGAUGGGGUGGCAAGUUCAAUCUUCUGAAGACAGAGAUCAGUGACACAAAGGUGAAGCUUUUGUUCUCUGCUUCAAAAGUUUUUGCCAAGUUUGGGUUGACCCUGUCUCUAUCUGCCACCUACCCCUCUGCUCCACUGCCUUUUACUGUCCAAAACCAAGUUGGGAAUAUUGGGGAGGAGGAGAUUUCUGCUGUUGUCUCCAAGGUACCAGUUGGUUAUCACUAUCUGCGGAGAAUAGUCAGCUCCAUUCACCAGAGCUUGCUCCAGGACCCCAGGCGAUUCCCUGGAUCCACUGGCAGGACUGAGGAAGUCAGACUGGAUAUUCUUUGAUUUCAGUGUUGGGAGUUCAAGCUGUCUCUCCCUAGAACAAGAGUGCUGUUAGCUUUACCUACUCAGCUCUUAACUACUCUUGUUGACAUCCAGGGUGCUUGGUGGAGGGUACAAGUUUUAUCAAAGCAGAGGACUCUAAAGAGGAGAAAGGAAUUUCUAAUGUCUUGGAUAAACCCAAUCUGCUUUUUACCUUCUUCCAGUUACCAGGGGUCUUGGCUUCCUUAUAUAGUCCAUCCUAGUAUGGAUGUUCGCCUGACAUAGGAUGUUAAUUUUGUUCUGGGUUGAUUUACAAAGCACUUGUUUAAACCAAUUAUGAGUAUUUUCUAAAUUAACAUGGCUGGAAUUUCCAUUAUCAUUCUUCACUCUGGUGUGGCCGUUCAACAGAGCCCAUCAUGUUUGACUUCUAUUCCCUCCCAAAAGACAGCAGCUACAGUCCUGCUUCUGAUUAACAAAUACAUGUAAUAACUGACCGGGUAGCCAAAGGCAGAAAUACUCUUGGCAUGAAGACUAAAGACCCUUAGGCUUGACCAUGGACUUGGUGGUGCAACAGACUGGAAGCUGCUGGGAUCCAUCAGCAUCUUGGACCCUUGUUCUGACGCUCUUUGUCCAGCACAGUCUCUGCGGGUUCCAGUACGUUGUCUGAGUUUGGAAUGUGUUUGUUUUAGUGUGGAGAUGGAGCUGUUUAAGUUCAGGUGGAUCUAACACCAUGUGCAGCCUCCAGUGCUGCUGUAUAUAUUUUGUAUAUUGUGUAGGAAUGGAUCUGACCCCAAGGGAGUGUAUCAUGUAGAAGUGCCUCCAGUUCUCAGCUGCCCCUUCUGGAGGCAGGAGCAAAUCUUGGUGUCUGUAAAAUAUGUUCUCGUUUGUUUGUGUUUAUCUAUUUUUGCCUCCUUUUACAGAUUUUCCUUCCAUUUGGAAGGUGGAGGUUCAUUAAACAUUUGAAUUAUUGCUCA